ACCUGGUUUAACGCCCCCAGCCAUAUGGCAUUGGCCAAGUACAGCCCUACGACAACAGGACACUACGGAAAUACCCAUCAACUGGUUUCCACAAUCUAGCGUCUAUUCCCCUGUUUCUCCGACCCCCUUCUCACAAGGAUGCUUUCGAAGCACCUCCUGAAGCCUAUCUUAUUCCUUUUCUCGUCCGUAUGGGCGGCGAAGGCAUUUUCCGUGUCGAUGGGAACAGCCUCUGAAUGCUCUCCAUUCACCAUCUCUUGGACGGGCGGACAAAGCCCCUUUGAGAUUGCUAUUUACCCCGCUGACAACCCCCCGAUUUUCUAUUCUGCGACAUCCUCACCUUAUACCAUUUCUCAACUUCCACUGUCACGAGGGACCCAGUUCGUGGUGAUGAUGUCUGAUGCAACCGGGUUCGCAACCGGGGGUACAACUGCAGUGCUGACGGUGGGGGAGCCCACCAGCAGCUCCAGCUGCAGCACUACCCCACCGUCCUUGAGUUACAUCUUCAUUGAUGAUACGUUUCCUCUCCAGCAAUGCGCACCCUUGGAAUUCAGCGGAUACCAGGGGGCGAUACUGCCUGUCACUUUUAUUGGAAUCAUUCCUGAGGGAGAGUCCUUUCGCAUUCAGUCCGAUGUGGCAACGAUGACCUACAAUUGGACGGCAGAUGUACCAGCCGGAACCUCGAUUAUGUUUUCGAUGUUGGAUGCUAAUAACAAAACAGGUGGCUGUUCUGCGCUUCAAACAGUGAACGGCUCGAGUGACGCUUCUUGCCUAAGCUCCAUCUCCCCUUCAUCUACUGGAAGCAUUCCGCAGUCAUCACAGUCGGGGUCUCCCUCUCCGUCUGCCAGCCAGACUGGUUCUAGCUCCUCAACAACCCUUUCUACUGCCGCCAUCGCUGGAGUGGUGGGUGGAUGUGUAGUUGCACUUGCUGCCCUGGUGCUCCUUGGCUUGUACCUUAUCCGUAGGACGCGCAAGGAUGAUACCACAUACUCUGCUCAUACGGCACCUAAUACGCCUUCUUUACAUCUGGGGGACUUUCGUCACAGCCCGGAUACAUCUGCGACUGCUUACCCAUACUAUCCCGUUCAGUACCAAAGUAACCUUGACCAGUCCUUCGCGCCGUCAGAUCACACUAUGCCCAGGAUGAAUCACCCUUUGGCGCAGGAGGCCUACAGCUUCCCCCGUGCUUCGGCAAACCUGCAGCGUGAUCCCUUUGCUGGCGCUCCCAAUUUUUCAGCCUACAACGAUACAGGCAUGCCGUCGGGACCGUCAUUUGCCGGGUACACGCGACACAAUGUUGUAGAACAUGCUCCGCCUACCGCAUCGCAGGCCAUCGACUUUUCGCCACAAUACCCGCGAAGGCCGGGGCCCGCAGCAGGACAACAAUCACCACCGCGGAGCCUCUCGUCAGGGGCAGACCUUGCCUAUGUCCCAAAGUCCUUCGAUCAAAUUCCCCGCCACUUGCUCCCGACAGGAUAGUAGUUAUGAUUCACGUCGUACUUAUAUACGGAAAAUCACGUUAGAUACCACAUUAUGUCUAGCUAACUCUUUGUAUUUUCGUUCUUCUC